CAGAAAUUAACUGAAAAAUUUCUACAUGGGACUGAACCUUGAGGAGUUCCCACAAAAAGUUUUAUUACUCUUGAGCUGGCUUCACCGUGGCAGAUUGAGAGAGAUCUAUUCUGCAGCCACAGAUAAAUCCACCGGACCAGUUUACAGAAAAACGCUUUCGUGCGCAGCGGCAUUUCCAGUUCUAAUAAAUUACUUAUCAGAGCUGGAAACCACAUCCGAUCAAAGGCAGUCGUAAAGUCCACGAAGAUUAUUAAUGCUGGACGAUUACUAGCAGCAAUUGUUAGUCUUAAAUCUUCGCAUAAAGAUAAUAUCCGUGUUUGCAGCCUCCUUCCGGGUGUAAAACCUGAUUGUUCAUCAAAUAUUCUAACUGUAAUUGAUGAUCCUCUUCAACAUAAUGAUUAUUUCAAUGUACGAUCAAUGGUUACACUUGAAGAUCUUUUCAAGUAGGUAUGUUUGUAGUUAUUUACAUAGGAAAGAUAAAUAAAGAAAUGAUACCUUCUUGACAAGAAAAUAAUUAUUUAUUUAUUUAUUUAUAGAAAUCGUGCUCAUUAUGAACAUGUAACUGGAAUGGGUAAUCCAUGGAUGUCUCAAUAUAUAUAUGGUCAUCGAUUAGAUGUUGAUAUUAUUGAUUUGGAUAAAACCUUACCAAUGCUUCAUUCAGCAUUAAAUUUUCUUGCUCAUAUAGCUUAUCGUCAAGAAAUUAUUUUAUUUCUUACACGUUAUCCAGCACAUAUUCCACUUGUUGAACGUGCUGCACGUGAUUGUGGUGAAUAUGCACAUUGUAGAAAAUGGGAUUAUCCAUUUACAAAUACUCAAGCUUUAUUUGGAUAUGAUAUUCGUUUACCUGAUGUAUGUAUAUUUACACAUACAUUAUCACCACCAAAUCAACUUCAUCCAGCUAUUAGUGAUUCAAAUAAAUUAUUAAUUCCAACUGUAGUUUUAUGCGAUACAUAUUAUAACUUAUCCUAUUCCAAGCAAUGA